UUGAUAAGAAACGUAUCUUGGUUAAUAUAUUUGAGAAUUGUUAAGAACUUCAUACAUGUUAGUCUGUGAUUGUUUGAUUAACUUUAACCCAACAAAAUAUUGGCUCUCCCAUUUAUCGUCUCUCUCCCGUUGCGAAGGAGAAGAUUUUUUGGCUUCUCCGAUCUCCCUCUCUUCUCUACAUCUCUCUCCCUCUCUUCUGAUCGGGUUUUACUGAUUCGAUAUCCACCGUAUUGUUGAUUUGAUCUGAUUGAACAUUGUUCUGGGCUUCAUUUUUUUCAGUUUGGCUCCUCCGAAUCUGAACGAUGCCUACUCUUCUUCAUCUACCUCCUCGCGGAUCCAUUUUUAGAGUCUCUCUCGCCGUUGAAUGCAUGCUUCUGUCCGUCUCUCUCAAGCUUGAAUUAUGCCGUCCGAUCAUUUUUCCGAGAAAGAGAAGCAUUAUUGAAGCUUAAGAUCUCUUGUGGAAAUGCCGACUCUACAAGUUCUCGCUGCUAUCGAAGAGCAAUCAGAUGGAGAGACUGGUCUUUCAGGCGAAUGUUAUCGUGGUAACCUCAUAUACAAGAUCGAGGUUUUCCUCAACUCGGGCAUAUUCAGAAGCUGGAAAGACUCGAUCAUUGUGCUUCAGACUACCAAAUCCCUUCUUCCAUGGUCUGAAGAUCUGAAGCUUAUGGAACCCAAUGCUAUUCGUAAAAUGCCAAAUAUCAGGGCACAAGGAUUAGGGUCUCUCUUGCUACUCGUGAUCUUGGUGGAAGUAAAACUACAAUGAAUCAACAGAAAAGACUUGUGUAUUUUUAUAUUUUAUCUUUGGCUCCUUAAUUACAACAUAAAUUUUUUUUUUAUUCUUAAAGAUCUUUAAUAGAUUUCUACCAAUGAAAGGGAGAAAAACUAAGAAGUUCUUAAAAGAUUUUUAAAAUGAAAUAGUAGAAAAUUUAUAUUUAAAAAUUGGUUAAGAACCUCAGAUAGAGUAUUACCAAUGGACAUGCUAACAACCCGCGUUUCGGAAAAUUAUAAAACCAAUAAAUAAGUCAACUGUCUUCUUAAUCUAACACACAUGCAUAUUAGAGGCAACGGAUGAGUUCAAGUGUGCAGGUAUUUGAUGCUCUCGCUCUGAUCCAUAAACAUAAAGUCAAAACAUUUGGCCGCUGUGUCCUUAGUUAACCGGUAGUCCGGUAUACCUUUGAGUUCAAUCUUUCUCAUGUCAUUGCUUUGCAGAUCAUAACAGAAAACGUGGAAGGGAGAAGAAAAAACCGCGGGUACGAAGAAAACUUUGCCACUUUGAGUUGUACCUUUGACCUUGAAUGUAAUAAUGUUGUUGUUGACCAAAUGGAGCUGAGAAGGCUGCAAAACCAGUGUCUUUCUCGACCAUUCCUUGUUCCCCGCAUCUUCCAGAACCCAUAAAUCCAUCAUGCCCUUGUCUCCAAGAUGGGUAUAGUCAAGAACAUUUGCUUUUCCACCAUACUCUAUGAGACUCACGGUCCUGUCGACCCCUUUAGGUAGCACAUUUUCGUCCGUGCGAGGUGCUGGGAUCAUUUUGAACUCUUCAGAUCUAAUGUCAAAGCUCACAACCACAUAUAUAUGCUGACCAAUCCGAGCCCGGUAAUAUAUAACACCAUUGAUAGAUAGUCCUCGACUGAUAGGAAGGUGAGGAGUACAAAAGUCCACUGCCUUUUUCCAAGAACCUCCAGGUUUUAGAACAAAGACCCAAUGCUCUGACGUUAUCGAAUGUUGUAAGGUUUCCGCAAUAGUGCAGAUUACUUUGUACUGGUCGUUAACGGGGUCGUAUCCGAAACAGAAGUGGAGGUUGUUCUUACCUUCUCCUGGACGUAUGGCGGGCAAUGUCACAAGUUGUCUGGUGGCAGGGUUAUAGAUUCGCGGCUUUCCCAAAAACGUGUAGCACAUAAAGCCGUGAAGAUUUUGGGUGACGAAGCAUUCCAUAGUCAGAUCAUGGUCAACAACAAAGGAAGACGGAGUACAAGUGUCUGGAGCCAAUGAUAGGAUAACAGAGUUACGGUAGUCGUUGAAUCUCAUCAGGGAUUUAACAGGCAGUUUCGUAAGAAUCUCCACCAUCACGUCCAUUGGAAUCUCCGGCGUGCAUCGUCUUCUCCUCCUCUUUCUCUCAAGUUGGAUCACCGCUAGACGGAAAGACAAACCCAUCCUCAAACACUAGUCUCCCUCGAUCGAGGUCACAACUUCACAAGACUUAUCUGCCAAUCCCUAAUCAUAUGGGAAAAUUG